AUGGCCCAAAAUGGAGUUAAUCCUGACUGGGAGAAGAAAGUCAUCGAAUACUUCAAGGAAAAACUAAAGGAAAAUAAUGCCCCUAAAUGGGUACCGUCACUGAAUGAAGUCCCUCUUCAUUAUUUGAAGCCCAACAGUUUUGUGAAAUUCCGAUGUAUGAUUCAGGAUAUGUUUGACCCUGAGUUUUACAUGGGAGUGUAUGAAACGGUUCACCGAGACACGAAAGCACGAGUUCUUCAUUUUGGAAAAUACAGAGAUGUUGCAGAGUGUGGGCCUCAACAAGAAGUUGAUUUAAACUCACCACGAACUACCACUUUGGAAAGACAGACUUUCUAUUGUGUUCCGGUGCCUGGGGAGUCCACGUGGGUGAAAGAGGCCUAUGUCAACGCAAACCAAGCUCGGGUCAGCCCAUCUACAUCCUACACGCCCAGUCGUCACAAGAGGAGCUAUGAAGACGAUGAAGAUAUGGACCUGCAGCCCAACAAGCAGAAGGAGCAGCACACCGGGGCCAGGCAGACAGGGAGCGUUGGUGGCCUUCAGUGGUGUGGAGAGUCAAAACGCUUAGAGACCGAAGCUUCCACCGGGCAGCCCCUGAACUUCCUGAACCUGUCUUCUCCUUUUGACCUGAAUUUCCCGCUGCCAGGAGAGAAGGGCCCCGCGUGCCUGGUCAAGGUCUAUGAGGAUUGGGAUUGUUUCAAAGUCAAUGAUGUCCUUGAGCUGUACGGCAUCCUGUCCGUGGACCCGGUGCUGAGCGUACUGAAUAAUGACGAGAGGGAUGCCUCUUCCUUGCUGGACCCGAUGGAUUGUGCCGAUACCACUGAAGAACAGCGUGUCCACAGCCCUCCCACCUCCUUAGUGCCAAGAAUUCACGUGGUCUUAGCCCAGAAGUUGCAGCACAUCAACCCUCUACUGCCUGCUUGCCUUAACAGAGAGGAGAGCAAAACUUUCAUCUCGAGCUUCAUGUCGGAACUGUCCCCGGUGCGCGCAGAGCUGCUGGGCUUCCUCACUCACGCCCUCCUGGGGGACAGUCUGGCUGCCGAGUACCUUGUGUUACACCUCAUCUCUACAGUAUAUACAAGACGAGAUGUUCUUCCACUAGGAAAAUUCACUCUGAACCUGAGUGGUUGCCCGCGGAGUAGCACUUUCACAGAGCACUUAUACCGGAUAGUCCAGCACCUUGUUCCAGCGUCCUACCGUCUACAGAUGACUAUAGAGAAUAUGAACCAAUUGAAAUUCAUUCCCCACAAAGACUACACCGCCAAUCGCUUGGUCAGCGGACUCCUCCAACUGCCCAGCAACACGUCCCUUGUAAUCGACGAGACACUUCUGGAGCAGGGGCAGCUGGACACACCAGGUGUUCAUAACGUGACGGCCCUGAGUAACGUCAUCACUUGGCAGAAGGUGGACUACGACUUCAGUUACCACCAGAUGGAGUUCCCCUGCAACAUCAACGUUCUCAUCACCUCUGAGGGCCGCUCGCUCCUCCCGGCAGACUGCCAAAUCCACUUAGAGCCGCAGAUGAUCCCACCAAACAUGGAGGAGCACAUGAAUGGCCUUCUCUCUGCGGUGCUGCCUUCUGUGCUGAAUAAGUUCCGCAUUUACCUGACUCUCCUGCGGUUCCUGGAUUACAACAUCUCCGAUGAGAUAACCAAGGCGGUGGAAGAUGACUUUGUGGAAAUGCGCAAGAACGACCCGCAGAGCGUCACCGCCGACGACCUCCACCAGCUGCUCGUCGUGGCGCGGUUUCUGUCUCUCAGCGCCGGUCAGACAACGCUGUCGCGAGAGAGAUGGCUCCGCGCCAAGCAGCUCGAGUCCCUGAGGAGGACCAGGCUUCAGCAGCAGAAAUGCGUGAACGGAAACGAACUUUAA